CUGGCCCCUGCGAUACUACGGCUUGCGGCAGAACCUUACCGGCACCGUCGUUGCUUCUCCCCUGCCUCUUUUCCCCUACGCCAUGUCUCUGCGCGGAAAACCCGCCGUUCCUGCAACCCCUCGGGUCAUAUCGCCCAGUCCCGCGCCAUCCGAGGCCCGGGAGGGCUCGCAAGAACCCUACCUCGGCCCCAUCACGAGAUCCGCUGCCAGACGUCAGCAAUCGAGCGGUGUUGCGACCCAGAAACCCCUUCGCGAGAUCCCCGACUCGGACUCGGACCCGGAGCUCCGGAGGGCCCGGACUCGAUCGCGAAGCCCCAUCAAGUCCCGCAAGGUUAGCGGUCUUACGGCUGUGAGACCCGGUCGCACGUCUCGAUCGAGACAAAAAGAGGAGGGCAAGACGGAAGCGCCGAGCGCCGGCGUCGAGAUUCAGAAUGGUCACCUCGCUCCCCCGACUCCUAACGUGUUCGCGUGGAGCUGGCGUGAUUUCAGCCGCAGUCCCAGCCCCCUCGGGCUGAUCCCGAUACAUCGGCAUUUCAAAAUCUUUAUCCACAAGCACGAAGUGCCGAGAAAGGUGCUGCACGUAUCGAUCGGCUUCCUCGUAUACUGGCUCUACGUCAGCGGCACCCAGACCUCUUCGGUUACGCCCUAUCUGAUGGGGGCGUUAAUCCCUAUCGCAGCCACCGAUUACCUGCGGCACAAGUACGCCACCUUGAACCGCCUCUAUGUCAGAUGCCUAGGCGCUCUGAUGCGCGAAUCCGAAUAUGAUGGCUGGAAUGGGGUCAUCUUCUACCUCCUCGGCGCCUGGAUCGUUCUGUACUUCUUCCCCAAGGACGUCUCGGUCGUGUCGGUGAUGCUCCUCAGCUGGUGUGACACCGCUGCCAGCACCUUUGGCCGGCUGUACGGAAGAUACACGCCGAGGAUCCGACGGGGUAAGUCCCUCGCCGGGUCCCUGGCUGCUUUCCUCGUCGGCGUGGCCACGGCCGGCUGGUUCUGGGGUUUACUCGCCCCCAAGACUGGUCCGUUUCCCGGAGACGACGAGAACCCGUUCAUGUUCACGGGCCUGUUACGACUGCCAGAAUUUGCCCUAACCGCGCUGGGUCUCUCUGAGUCCCAGGGAACGAUUGGCGGCGCCGUCGCCCUAGGACUGCUAAGCCUAUGGUCGGGCUUCACUGCGGCGGCUAGCGAGGUGGUUGACCUCGGCUGGGAUGAUAAUCUUUCUAUCCCGGUGCUUAGCGGCAUCGGAAUCUGGGGGUUUCUUAAAGUGUUUGGAUAGGGUCGAGCCCGGGUAGACAGUUUGUCCCUCUUGCUCUGGUAUGCGUGUGUGUUCGAGCAUUCGGCGUUGCAGGUGGUACUUAUGCGCAGAGCUCUCCGUUUGGUCUUGGUAGACGGAUUAUAUAAGUAGA